GUCCCCGACAGCUCAUCGCCAACAUCCAGGAGCCGCGGCAGCUCACCCAAGCCGGAGGGCGAGCUUCGACUGCCGCUACCCGCCAAAGCUCAGGAGUGGCAGGUGCGCCAACUAAGAGCUGACUUGGAGUACUGGAGUGAGAAGUUCAACUGCGCCGCGCGGGUGGAACAUUCCUCAGUGGUCGUCCAGCUGAGUCCAGAGGCACAAGCAGGCGGGGCCAAGUCGGAGCUGUUCUCACUGAUGGAGUAUGACCUGCAGCUGGAGCAGGGCACGCUCAGCCGUGGAGUGGUGUCCAUUUCCGG